AUGAACAGAUGGAUCUGUACUGUCACGGUGACACAGAUGGAAGACAGAGUCAGGUACAGAGGAAGCUGCCUCAGGAGCUUGGCCUCACUUCUCUCCUCCUCCUGUUCAGGGGUCAGAAUCACCAAGGUGGACUGGCGGCAUUCAGAAAAUGGUGCUGCCCACCACACCCAAGACUACCCUUGCCCUGAGCUGGUGGUUCGAAGGGGCCAGUUAUUCAGUCUGACCCUGGAUCUGAAUAGAGCCCUGGACAGCGAGGAGGCCCUCAUCUUCACCGUGGAGACAGGACCCCACGCAUCUGAGGCUCUCCACACCAAAGCCAUAUUCCAGACAGCAGAGCUAGAAAUAGGGGACACCUGGACAGCUGCAAAGGAGGAACAGACAGAGAAUACAGUCACCGUCAGCCUCUCCAGCCCUUCCAAUGCAGUCAUCGGCCGGUACCUGCUGAGUGCCAGGGCCGCUUCCCGCAGGAAACACAGUGACCGAAAGCUGGGCCAGUUCAUUCUCCUGUUCAAUCCCUGGUGCCCAGAGGAUGAUGUGUUUCUGGACUCAGAGGAGGAGAGGCAGGAGUACGUGCUUAACGACAGUGGCAUCAUCUUCCGAGGCGUGGAGAAGCACAUCCAAGCCCAGGGCUGGAACUACGGGCAGUUUGAAGAGGACAUCCUGAACAUCUGCCUCUCCAUCCUGGACCGAAGUCCCAGUCACCAGGAGGACCCAGCCACCGACGUGUCCCACCGCCAUGACCCAGUCUACGUCACCAGGAUCAUCAGUGCCAUGGUGAACAGCAACAAUGACCGUGGUGUGGUACAAGGCCAGUGGCAGGGCAAAUACAGCGGUGGCACCAACCCACUGAACUGGCGUGGCAGUGUGGCCAUCCUGCAGAAGUGGUUCAAGGGCAAGUACAAGCCAGUUAAAUAUGGUCAAUGCUGGGUCUUCGCUGGCGUCAUGUGCACAGUCCUCAGGUGCCUGGGGAUUGCAACCAGGGUGGUGUCCAACUUCAACUCAGCCCACGACACCGAUGGCAAUCUGAGUGUGGACAAAUAUGUGGACUCUUAUGGCCGAACCCUGGAGGACCUGACAGAAGACAGCAUGUGGAAUUUCCACGUCUGGAACGAGAGCUGGUUUGCACGACAGGACCUGGGCCCAUCCUAUGAUGGCUGGCAGGUUCUGGAUGCCACGCCCCAAGAGGAGAGCGAAGGUACGUUCCAGUGUGGCCCUGCCUCGGUCACUGCCAUCCGUGAGGGUGAUGUGCAUCUAGCCCACGACGGCCCCUUCGUCUUUGCCGAGGUCAAUGCGGACUACAUCACCUGGCUGUGGCACGAGGACAAGAGGCGGGAGCGUGUGUACUCGGACACCAAGAAGAUUGGCAGGUGCAUCAGUACCAAGGCGGUGGGCAGUGACUCCCGUGUGGACAUCACAGGCCUCUACAAGUAUCCAGAAGGGUCACGGAAGGAGAGGCAGGUGUACGGCAAAGCUUUAAAGAAGCUGCUCAGCGUGGAAGCCUCGGGGAGGAGACGGCGGAUCCGCAGGGCCAGUGUGCGUGGCAUCUGGCGCGAUGACCUCCUGGAACCUGUCACCAAACCCAGCAUCACUGGCAAGUUCAAAGUGCUGGAGCCACCGGUGCUCGGCCAGGACCUGAAGCUGGCUUUGUGCUUGACCAACCUCACCACCAGGGCCCAGCGGGUCCGAGUCAAUGUGAGCGGGGCCACCAUCCUCUAUACCCGCAAGCCGGUAGCAGAGAUCUUGCGGGAAUCCCACACUAUGAAGCUGGGGCCACUAGAAGUUCCUUUUCCAGACAAGCAUCCAAGUCUUAAGCGUGUGCCUUGA